AUGGGGCCACCGAUAAUUGGCAGUUCAGACCCGGAACAUUUUUCAACCAUAGGUGUAGAUGUGGAUUUACCAUGUGAUGUCUACGCAUAUCCAAACAUCGAUACUGUCACGUGGUAUAAAGUUGUCUCCGAACAUUCCGUCGAUGUUGUAGUAAUUGACGGCACGAAAUAUUCCGGUGCAACAACAUCUACGACGGCAAUUACAAUCCUUAAUCCGGCCCUGAAUGAUAGCGGUACAUUCUACUGUGAGGUUGCAAACUCCUAUGGUACUGCUUCUGGUACGGUAAUGACGUUACUGGUCACCGAGACGGAAGGUCUCCCGAUUGUGACGAUGUCUCAACACUUUUACACGGUGAAUGCAGGAGACAACGUAACCAUUGAUUGCAGCGUAGUGUCAAACCCAAUAUUACAUGCUGUAGAAUGGAUUUUGAACUCGUCAAAAAUUGUUAUAGAUAAUGUCGAUUUCUUUGGUGGUUCCAACUCUGCGCCCAGCUUAAAAAUUUUCGCCAUUGAGUAUUAUGAAAGCGGGAAUUAUACCUGUGAAGGAACAAACAGCUACGGAUCCGCACUGGCAAGUGCAUGGGUGAAUGUUGUAUCAAAACAACAAACAACAGUAGCAGAAACAUCAGAACAACAAACAACAGUAGCAGAAACAACAGUAGAACAAACAACAGUAGCAGAAACAACAGUAGCAGAAACAACAAUAGCAGAAACAACAAUUGCAGAAACAACAGAAGAACAAACAACAGUAGCAGAAACAACAGAACAACAAACAACAGAAGAACAAACAACAGUAGCAGAAACAACAGAAGAACAAACAGUAGCAGAAACAACAGUAGCAGAAACAACAAUAGCAGAAACAACAGAACAACAAACAACAGUAGCAGAAACAACAGUAGCAGAAACAACAAUAGCAGAAACAACAGAAGAACAAACAUCAGUAGCAGAAACAACAAUAGCAGAAACAACAGUAGCAGAAACAACAGAAGAACAAACAACAGUAGCAGAAACAACAAUAGCAGAAACAACAGAACAACAAACAACAGUAGCAGAAACAACAAUUGCAGAAACAACAGAAGAACAAACAACAGUAGCAGAAACAACAGUAGCAGAAACAACAGAAGAACAAACAACAGUAGCAGAAACAUCAGUAGCUGAAACAACAGUAGCAGAAACAACAGAAGCAGAAGCAACAGUAGCAGUAACAACUCUAUCAACAACACCACCAACAACGACUACCAUGACACAACCAACUACUACCACGAUGCCAGCAACUACAACAUCAACAUCAGUGCCUACUACAACAACGAAAGUCACUACCACUGUGAAUCCAGCCGUUGAUCAAAGACUGGUGGGUUUGAAAAAUAGUGCAAAUAGCAGCCAAACUGUCAGUGAUGUGACCUCGUCUAUCUCCUCAACACUGAACGUCCUCAACAGUCUUGAUGCUGACAAAAAUAUUGCUGUACAGUUGGAAUACGUGGCCAGUAUAAUGGAAAGUAGUGUGAGAGUCACCAUAUCUCUGAACGGUUCCUCGGAAGAAAACGAGAAAGUUGCAGAAGACAUACUAAAACUGACAGACAAAGUAUCAUCUUUGUCCCACACCUGCACUGGCACUUGUGAGAAAAUUUCCGUAAGUUUCACAUCAGUUGAGUCCAGUGCAUUGUCCAUGAUAAAGAGAGUGCUAGAUAGUGAUCAGGACUUCAAUAAUUCCCUCUCCAACGUACAUGCUAAUGGUAAAAGUGAAACAGGCGAUCACCUCCCCGCGACCUUAAAGACUGAUGUUGGUGACGUCACACUACCUGAAUGGGGAACUCUGCAGAAGACACUUGCAGAAGACAAGGUCAAACUAAUUAUAUUGGCAUACAAUGAUAACCCAUAUGUGGCAGAAGGACCGUCAAAUGUACAUAUAAACACAGGAGUUUUGACAAUUGGGAUGUUUCAUGAAAACAAUGAAGAAGUUGUUUAUGUAGAUAAUGAGGAUCCAAUUACCUUGAGCAUUAAUGACGACACAAAUUUAGAUGAUUUAGGAACACCAUCAGCACAGUGGGAUAACGUUCUGGAACUCCAGUCUGAAAAGGGAUCCUACUUGACUGUAGUGACCUUCACCCCAAAUCGGAGUGCUGCGAUGGUGCUGUUGCAACUCCCAGGGACAGGACCAUGUGUAGUGUAUGGACGAGAACGGGGACAGAGGCCGUCGACCAGAGAGUUUGAUUUUUAUGUGAAAACAAUUGGCAGAAGCCGAGUGACCAAGUACAGGCCCUAUGGUCUGGAACAUAACUAUCGAGAUGGCGUCCUCACUCUGUCAGUAGAGGGAACGGUGGACAGCAGCCCUUUGUUACUUCUAACACAGUGUCAAGUUGCUGACACCACAAUCGUUGUAAAACGAGAUACGACUCAGACAGUGCCGACGCAGAGGGUGGUUGGAGUAGACCUCCGGUACUUUGAUACAGUAACAAACACCUGGCAGAAGAGUUCUGGAUUAAAGAUUACAUCAGGAAGCAUCGGACGAGUGCAUUUCAAAUCUAACUUUUUUGGCUCUUUCUCUGCAAGUACUUUACUGAUACCCCCAAGUCCCAUUCAGUUUGACGCUGUUUUCCUGAAUUUCGGAGAGAGGCUGGCAUCCACACCGCAUGUGCUUGUGACUAUAACCGUAGUGGUUUUACUAUUCAUGUUGCUUUCCCUUCUGCUUAGACGAUUGGAUAGGUCAGAUGCGGAGCUGUGGGAUUAUCUCCCCUUGAUAGACAAUAAACCUGGGGCGAUCUUCAUGUAUUAUUUUGCGGUGUCAACUGGCCUGCGUUCAGUCAAACACAUGACGGCAACGGUGUACAUCAACAUGAUUGGAGAGUUUGGGGAAUCUGGGCCCCGCAUACUGAUAGACGGCCGUCGAAAGAAUUUCGGUCGCGGAACCACAUCACAUUUUGUGAUGACGUCAGAUAACUAUCUUGGUCCAUUGCAGUCCGUUCAGAUCUGGCACGACAAUACUGGAACAGCACCAAGAUGGUUACUCAACAAGGUUAUUGUCUGUGAUGGCAUGGACAAUGAGAGGUAUGUUUUCGGAUGUGGUAAAUGGCUAUCCAUGGAUACAGAAGACGCUCUGACUUUCCGGACUCUACACAUGAUAGAUGAAUCAUUGGUCGACAUGGACGCCGUGUUCGUUGACGUUAGCACGCGGUACAUGUUCGAUGACAACCUGUGGUUCUCUCUCCCGAAGCGCCCAAGCUUCAGUAAAUUUACUCGUGUACAGAGACUCUGGCUUCUAGCUGCAAUUUUGUUUCUUUCCAUGGUUACAUCGGCCAUGUUUUUCCGGUCGUCAGGAGACGAUGGUCGUUCCGUUACCAUAGGACCUCUCAGACUGAACUACAAACAGAUAUAUGUGGGGUUCUUGUCUUUCGUUGUUACCAUAUUACCUUCUCUAGCAGUGGUUUACAUAUUUAAAUACAGGCGAUGUAGAGACGAAAUGACACGCUAUAAUCGGAAUCAUAAGGAGAACGUAAACUGCUUACCUUGGUGGUCAAUUUUCAUCGCGUAUGGCCUCAUUUUCUUGGGAAUUAUAUCUGGAGGCUUUUUCACGAUGCUGUAUUCCCUUGAAUGGGGCCGGGACACAACUGUGGACUGGAUGAUGUCAUUUUUUAUCGGGAUCAUGGAGAGUAUUCUGAUUAUGGAACCAUGUAAGGCGGCAGUUAUGGCCAUUGUCAUGACGAUGCUGUGUACAGGUGCAGCACAGAGAACGAUGACAGAAAUACCAUCCUCUGACGGCAUGCGGAUUGCCUGGGGUGAAUGGUACCUUGAUACGUCCGGUGUUAUAAAACCUAAGACUGGGGACUCCCAAGAAGCUGACGUAGGCGAAAGACGUCGCAAAUGCCACCUUGACAAGCGUUUAAACAGUGUCAUUCUCAGCUGGCUCUUACAUUUCAUAUACAUUCUCGUCGUUGCCAUCAUAUGCUCCCACAACCAUGCGACAAUGGCCUAUUACCAAAAUGUUGCACUUGGCAAAAGAAUAAAUUCCUCUGCAUCUCCGAAAACGGUGGCGGACAUUUGGAAUUGGCUGGAAACUUCACUUGUAAGCAAUAUGUUUCCGUUCAAAUAUUAUAACGGUGACAUUAUGACGUCAUAUGUACAGCAGUCAGCGGGCCCAUUUUAUCGCCUUGGCCUAGUGCGGCUCCGACAGACGCGUGUAAAAGAUGAAUGUGAAAUACCAAAUCUAAUGCGACCUUGGAUGAAUAGGUGUCCGCCGGAAAUGACUUCAGAGACAGAAGAACGAACUCCUUAUUGUAUCAAUUGGGCAAAAUAUGACCCGUCUUGCUUCAACGAGAUUGAUGAAGAUCACUAUUCGUACCAGUACAAGACUGCAUCAGAGACAGAGUCACUUUACCAUAUGGGAAUAGUAGGAGACUAUGGUGGAGGUGGUUACGUUAGAGACCUUGGUCCUACAAACGAGGUCGCGCGCAACACGAUCAGCCGCUUACGUCAGCAGAUCUGGAUUGACGAUAAAACGCGAGCACUUUUUGUAGACGCCGUCGUUCUAAAUAGCGAUACUAUGCUCUUUAGUCACAUCAAAGUCGUGUUUGAGCUGCCCUCUUUCGGUGGUGUCUUCAUGAAGUUUCACUCGACCACCUCCAAUUUGUAUCCUUAUGUAGGAUCAUUCGAUUACUUGGUUCUUAUCUUCCAGAUUAUCUUUAUUGUGAUCAUAUGUGUGAGGAUAAUCCUGGUGAUUGUUUCCGUCAUCAAAACGAAAUGUUCCUGUCUGACGUCUUUAGGUACUUGGAUUGUGAUUCUGGAGAUUACAUUAUCUAUAGCGGCCAUAUCGGUAUAUAUUCUAAGGAUUGACCGUACCAUUGAGGCAGUAGAAAGAGUAUUCAAUGAUAUAGGUUUCUUUGUGUCGUUCGAGAUGGUAGAGUUGUUGGAUAUUUUGUACAGAAUGUUCAUCGGCAGUGUUUGCUUUAUUGCGAUUUUGAACUUACUGAAACCUUUAUCUUUUAAUUACUAUCUACACCUGAUGAGAACGGCAAUUUCAAUAUUUCGCGUGGAAGUCAUCAACUUUUCAAUUAUUUCCUUUUUGGUCAUAAUUGCUUUUUCCUCUCGAAGUAAGUCAACAAGGAGAGGCAAAUAUCAGUUUGAUGAGGAAAUAAAUAAACAUUUCUGGUGGAAAAUGUCAACCGUUGCCAGGAAGGUACUUGGGCAGAAGGAAAUUGUUCUAAAUAAGAAGGAACUGCCGUCAUAUGGUUCAGCUGAUGACGAGACGGCGGACUCAUUAAUGGAACAAGUGGACUUCAUGUUGUCGUCGAUAACUGACAGGGUAUUGGUCAGCGAGAACGAGGAAGUGCGAGUUGAGGUCCAGCAAUUGGCACACAUUAAUCGAUGGUAUAACAACCAGCAAGAUAUAGUGGAACUCGAUGGUUUCCGAACUGACACGCAUGCAACUACAGAAUUUGUUUAUGAGGACAGGUAUGGUCAGCUUGUGUGUAAGCUCUCAUGUUUGUCACUCGAUCAGGGCGACAGAAUAUUUGGAGCUAGCAUGAGUGUCAUUACGUCAAAAUGGAAUAGUAUUUAUCCAUGCGGACAGGCUACCCGCCCAUGUAGCAGGGUCAUCAUUCUUACUCAGGGCAUGACCAAUGGACAGACAGGUGCGGUGUCAGUAGCUGUUGCAGACAAAUCGGAACCACAUUACGGAGAGAAGGACCUGCCCGUCUUCAUGGCAACCAGUUUUGAUAGCGGUAUCUCCUGGCACAUUAUGACAGCUUGGCGUAAAAUAGUUGAAGCGAAAGUCAAAUGUAGGCCUGAGAACCAGAAGAGGGAACGCACAGCUACUACUGAUAAGACGGAGGAGAACCAAAGCCAGGAAGAACCCCACAGUGCUGAGGACCUUUUAACCACCGAAGCAGAUCAGGCCGGCACGGAGGCGGAACCCGGUAGUCGGAACCCAACUCAGACUUACCACGAGGAAGUUAGCAACACCAGGAAGGAAGUAGUGCGUUGA